AUGGACCCAGGUUUUGCGCUUGAAUACAAUACCGCCGUCGACCUCACGUCCCUAAUUAACAAGCUUGAACCGCCAAUCACAAUCAACUCAUUUAGCCAAGUUCAUCGAUGUACUAUGAUGGCCAACGAAGGCACAAGGGAGGUAGCUGUGAAGGUAAUCAUUAUUGAUCAUAAUAGAGCUAUGCCGAAACUAGAGAAAGCGAUGCGUCGGGAACUUGGUUUAUGGUUGAGAUUGAAACACUUGAAUAUCGUGCCGCUACUUGGUAUCGUACACGUCGAAUCACCAUGGCCAGCUCUUGUUUAUCCAUGGAUGUCAUCUGGGACGUUAUAUAUUUACCUGGAGAAGCAAGAAACAACCCUUUCUACUUCCACAAAAGUUGGAUUGGUUAAAGGUGUCGCUGAUGGCCUCUAUUAUCUUCACUCGAUGCAUGUUGUACACGGAGACCUUCAACCCGACAAUGUGCUGAUAGCCGAUUCGGGGAAUCCAUGCCUCACAGGUUUCGGUCUCGCAACAGUCGUAGGAGACCCAGAGUUACAGUGGAAUUCGACCACUGCGGCAUGCGACUUUGAUUCUCGAUGGCGUGCACCUGAAGUCAUUGGAAUAGAGUCUGAUGAGCCUGCACGACCAACUUACGCGAGCGAUAUCUAUUCUUUUGGUAGCAUUAUGUUCUUUAUCAUGUCUGGGAAUAUCCCAUGGAAAGAAAAAAACUCGAAUCACAUCGCCAUUGCGCUGUCAAGAGGAGCCACUCCUGCACGUCCUAAGAACAUCCCCAAUGGUUUCUGGAGUUUGAUUACACGUUGCUGGUCCCGGAACCCCAUGGAUCGUCCGGGGACUGCACACAUCCUUGAUUGCACUGAUCAGUGCAGGAUCGAUGACUUGCAGGCAUCCAUCUCGGAACUUCCACCUCUUCCCGAAAUACAACCAGAAGAUCUGACAGGUCAGAUCUUCGGUUCGAUAAAUGACUACGUUGCCAGUGGUGCAUUCGCAAACGUUUACAGUUGUGAAUGGAGAAAACCGUCGGGCCCCGUCAAAAAGGUCGCAGUAAAAACCUUCAGGCACCACUUGCAUCUAGUCUCAGAGCAGGACUUAAGAAGGUUUCGACGGGAAACUGCAAUAUGGGCACACCUCGUCCACGAUAAUAUCGUGACACUUUAUGGAACGACAGAGGGGUUCGGGCCAUCCACAGCCCUGGUCUCCCAAUGGUUUCCGCACGGCACGCUGUCCCGUCUUAUCACAGAACAGGGUGCUACCUUAACCAUCAAAUCCAAAUUGAAGCUGCUUCACGGCAUAGCAUCUGGGCUCUACUAUCUUCACUCUUUUCCCGUUGUUCACGGUGACAUUACGAGCUCUAACGUUUUGGUAGAUCUCAAGGAAGGAGAAUACAAGGCUUGCCUAACGGACUUCGGUUUGUCAAAUGCCCUCGGCGCACGUUCAAAAGAGUGGCAAAUUGAAGAAUCGAUCGUUCGGUCUGGUGCAAUCAAGUGGACUGCGCCUGAGUUGCUCGGGUCACGUGAUCCCCCUUCCGACAUCAAACCGACCACGCAGAACGACAUGUAUUCCUUUGGUCGUGUCAUGUUCCAUUUGUUGACUCUGACUGUUCCUUGGCAUGACAUUGACGACUACAAAAUCAUUCAAAAAAUCCAAAAUGGAGAGGAUGUCCCGCGUCCUGAGGUAUCCGAGGCGACGUCUGACGUCACAGACGCCCGCUGGGAUCAUAUCGAGCAGUGUUGGUCAAUUGAUCCAUCUGCUCGUCCAUAUGCCCUCACGGCCAUAAACUUCAUAGCGGGGGAACUAGAUGCUUUGAAACAAGAUGAUGUCUUUGUUAGCGAGGUACAAGAAAAUACAUUCUUGGUCGCAGAGCAGUCAAAGAUUUCUAUCGUACCAUCGUUGCAGACACUUGUUCCGUCACGCAAUGCCGUUCUCUCUAGUCCUUUAACACAUCAUCUCCUCUCUACGGCCUCGUCGCUGUCACUUGCAGGUCCUCUGAAUGUGUUGGUUUUCGGGGAGACUGGAGUCGGAAAAAGCUCCAUCAUCAACUUGAUCAUGGGAUGCGACGUUGCACAGACGUCGCCAGACGCAGCAACCUGCACAUUGCAGCAUACCUCCCAUGAAGUCAGUCUUGCAGAUCGCCGCUUUAAACUUUGGGAAGUUGCCUCAAUCGAAUCAAUGGGUUUUUUCCGAAUCCUUUUUGCAAAAUGGCGCCUGAAAAAGUCAUACAAGAAGCUAUACAGAGAUGACGGUGUCUACCUUCUUUUAUAUUGCAUGAGGAAAUCGAGGGACCAGAGGGCACUGAUCAAGGAUUAUAAAUUCUUCACCAACAUCGUUGGCUCCACAGCCACUGUGGCAGGCGGCGUACCGGUCGCCGCUGUGGUCACCUCCUUGGAAGAUUAUCCUAAGGAUAUGGAUGAGUGGUGGACGAAAAAUAAAGACAAUCUGGAACACCUCGGAAUGCGGUUCUCCGCACACGCUUGUAUCACUUCUGUCCCUGACGAUCCAACAUCCUCACCUGCAAUGCGCGCACGUCGACAGCGAUCAGAACAAGUCAUCCGCCGUCUUAUUUAUGAGUCCUACGAAACAGAUACCGGAAUACCUGACAGUUCUAGCCCAACUCAACUAUAA